CUAGACACGCCUUAGUUUUUAAAUUUUCUCCUCUAAUAAAUUCUCAUUGGUUAUCCAAAGAGUUUGCUUAUCUAAAUUACUUCUACCCUCCAUAAUUCAAAUAAUUAUUUACGAUCAGCAGAAACUGCUAUUAAUUUCCGCUAUUUCUGUGCUCUGCUUUUCUGUUCAAGUAUUAAAAAUAAAGAAAUUGAGAUACAAUUACUACCAGCAUCAAAAGCAAUAGGUAUUGUUUAUAAUAAUGACAGACACAGAAUAUAACGAAGGCUAUGAUUCCAAGAGUAUCAGUGAGUUUCAUCGCAAAAGUCAGGCCAGCUAUGACGAGUAUCUGAUGGCUAUGAGACGAAUCCACCACACAUUUUCGACAAGAAGCUCCAUUCCUAAUGAAAUGUUAUCUCCGCGAGAGCGCCAUAGAAACCGCGAUUCCCAGAAAAAAACCACAAUGGAAUGCGUAAAAGGAACUUGGAGUACAGUAAAGGAAGCAACAAGGAUUGGUAUUAUUGCUUCCAUGGUGCCAGACGAGAUCAUUUACCAGCACUAUGACCAUUCUGUUAGAAGAUAUGAGACCGCUCUUAUGUUUAUUGAUGUCUCUGGGUUUACAGAACUAUGCGAGGGCUAUACGAAAGCAGGUCAUGGUGGACCUUCGAAGUUGACACAAGUUCUUAAUUCUUACAUCGGAGCCAUGGUGCAAGAGAUACUGACUCAUAAUGGAGACGUUCUCAAAUUUUCUGGCGAUGCCUUCCUAUCUAUGUGGAAGAAGACACCUAGGCUGACGAUGCAAGACGUUGUUCACACUGCUAUAGAUUGUGGAUUGAUAAUUCAAAAGAAUUACGGAAGUUAUCGUACAGACGUUGGUGUUAAACUUAAGGUAAAAAUAGCUAUAUCAGCUGGAGUGUCACAUUUCUCUAUAAUUGGUGGUGAGAAUAUAACUCAAAUGCAUUAUGUGAUCGUCGGCCAGCCUGUAUGGGACGUGAAGAUGGCUGAAUACAUGAGUAACGCCGGGGACGUGCUAACGUCGGCCAGUGCGUGGAUCUACGUCAAUGAAGCAGAGUACUGCACCCAUCCUUGUGGCGAUGGGAGACAUACAAAGGUUCUAGGAGUUGGUGCGACAUGGAAAAGAGUCGAAAGAUUACAGAGUUCAAUAAGAGAGACAGAGUCUCCCAGCUUCUCAAAAAGUACACCUAGAUCCGACGACGAGAUUGUUAGCGAAAUUAAUUAUAGGGAAUUUUCACUGAGGCCAGCAGUUAUAGCAGCGAUGCGCAGUUCAUGGUGGCCUGGUCUAAGGCGGUUCAUGGUGACCCCAGUUUUACGUGCAGUAGACAACGACGAACCUAUGGAUUUCUUGACAGAAGUGCGCCGUGUCGUCGUAGUCUUUCUGAAUAUUAUCACCAAAACUGUCACAGAAAGCGUACUUAUUGGUGUGGUUAAUGAUGCUUAUAAAUGUGUUUCUAGCGUGACGUCAGAAUCGGGCGGGCUAGUGAACAAAGUGUCAAUGUUCGACAAGGACAUGAUGUUUCUCGUGGUGUUCGGUUUAAGAGGGCUUAAACACGAGGACGAAGCUCAGAAAGCGCUGCAGUGCGCCUUCCAGUUGAAAGAAAACUUGAAUGAUAGGAACAUUACUACUGUGUCUAUUGGCGUCACUUCGGGUACAACUUACUGCGGUGUAGUGGGGCAUGUGCUUCGUCGUGAAUACACUGUCAUCGGACCUGCUGUGAACAAAGCAGCGCGGUUAAUGAUCUCUUAUCCCAACAAAGUGACUUGUGACAAAGAGACGUUUCUUAGAAGCAAACUUGAACAAGAAUUCUUCAGGCUUAUGGAAGCGAAGCCUUUGAAAGGAAUUGCUAAACCUGGCCCUAUUUACGAGUUUAAUUUAACGGGAUGGCCAGAGCGCUUGAGCAUAUACCGCCACCCGCUCCUAGGCCGUAACGAAGAGCUACGCAAAUACAAAGCAACUCUACACAAUGCAAUAGAACAGCAGCACCAAGUAUUCACGCGGUAUCGCGAUCAUAAAUAUGGCAUGGCCUUUCUUGGUCCAAAGUUAGUAGGAAAGCGACGUUUGGUAGAAGAAUGCAUGCAUAUAACACCAAACUUUUUACGUGUAGAGAAAGUCGUGUUGACGGAGUCCGAGAAGGUUCCUUACAAAUUGUUUCGUUUAAUACUAACCAAAGCGUUUCCUGGAGGGAAUUCACGAUCCGGGAGAGAAUAUUACGAGAACAGGAUAAGAUAUAAUAUUGACGUAACCUCUGCGAGUCCUUUACAAAUAUACGCAAUCAAUAUGAUAUUUGACUGUCGUUUCCCGUUGCCGGAGAAUUAUCAAUAUUCUGGCGACAUUCUUAAUGAAUUUUCUGUAAAGAAUAUUAUUAAAGAAAUCUGCAAAAAUAAUUUUACAAGUCUCUGGGUGUGUGUGGUGGAGGAGGCCCAACACGCUGACAACGAGUCGUGGCGUAUUUUGAUUCUGCUCUUAGAAACCAAAACUAUAUUCUUAUUAAUGACAAUCACAGAUGCAGAGACGUUGUCGCCGACAGCAAACAGCUGCCUCGCAAGCAACAUGAUCGUUAAAAUCCCGUUGGGCGGCAUCGACAGGUUUUACCACGCGGCUUUAGCUUGCCAAUUACUAGACGUGCAAGCAAUACCUGCGGAUCUAGAGAAGGUGAUAGAAAGCGCAAGCGGAGGCAUGCCUGGAUGGAUCCAAAACUUCGUGAUAUCGUUGGUGCAGCACGGUGCCUUGUCUGUGGUCACUGUGUCGCGAAACGAAGCCAUAGAGUCUAGAGCCGUGAUGCCCUCUCUAGCGUUGUUGCAGAGAGCGGACUGUGAUAUCAACCCUUUGUGCGAUGACCCGCUCAUGAGGAGACCUAGUUACCAGAGCAUUUACAGUAUAAUAAGUGUAAGUGUGAUGAGUAGACAAGAAAGCAUGUACACCAUCCAAGAUACAGAAACAGUGCAAAUGGCGGUACUAGACGAUUCAUACAACUUUGACGACAUAAAAGUUGACAUGACUAUGGAUGCAAUAAUAUUAAAAACUUACGACUCUUUAACACCAUUUGAGAAGAUGCUCUUGAAAUGCGGUUCUGUGCUCGGAGACGUGUUUUCUAGAAGAAUGCUGCUUCAUUUAUUGCAAAGUGAUUCCCCGAGGAAGGUGGCUGAAGCUGUGGCUAAACUGUUUGCGAUACGAGUCCUGGAAUGCGAAGGCGGUGAUUUCACAAGAGACACAUCUUUGGUGUUAGUUCACCCAGCGCCUGCCUUACCGGCGACAACCAAACCACCAUAUUGUGCGUGUCUAGGAACCAGGCAACCACCACAUUGCAGAGACCUUCCAAUGUAUGCAUUUUGUGGAUAUAUGAGAUUUCGACACACCCUAUUCCGAACAACUACAUACGAGUUGCUAACGGAGAGUCAAAAGCACGAAAUGCACGCUCGUGCCUUGCUGUAUUUAGAGCGAUAUACGCGUAGGUGUCUGAGUUGCGGUGCUGGCUGUUUCAGUAAACUCCUUGGCCUGCGCUGUGAUGAUGGUCUUAUAGAAGAAAGUGAAGAGUUGAAACGUACUCGGCUCCAGAUAUGCGCGUUGAGUGCCGAGACUAGAAUACCAGGGGAACAGGAGCCGUCAAUAUUUGCACAUGACAGCAUGUCUGACUUUACAUAUAACUUGAGUACGGUGUCUAGCUUUGAAUUAUUGGAGACGGAAGGCACAGUAUUAAGUCGUAUUCUAGACAGCAAGGGUGUAAGAGAGUCCACCACGGUGCAGAUUUAUCGCAAAGAUAAGAGAGUCCGUUCCUUCUCGUCUUUAGUGGUGGAACAUUGCGAAUGUCUAUCUAUUUUGUUAUCUGUCUAUUGUCAAAUCAUAGACCAUUGCCGAGGCGCUGGUGAAUAUGAUAAGUUAUUCGAAGCGUAUCUAGAGUAUGCAAACGUGAGCAUCAUAAACCUAAAUAUACCUCAAGCUAUACGACUUCUGUUUGAAGUUGAGAAUUUUGUUUUGAACGAAAAAUCCUGCACCAAAGAAAUACGUAAAAGUUGGAUGAAAGAGUUUCAACUGGCAAGCAUUUACUCCAUGCGUAGCGUCUGCAUGAUGGAGUCCGGAGACCUUAACGAAGCAAGAAAACAAUUGUUAGAAGCCAUGAAACUUUACAGCGACCCUUUCCCUACUUCAAAACAUUGGGUUCGUAUACACAACAUUGGUGCUUCGAUCCGUCAAGCGAUGACUUUGUAUAUUGCUCCUAACCGUUACAUUGGGACGGAACGAGGAGUCGUUGGUUACUUUUAUGAAGAUAUCGCUAAAACGCUUAAUCGAUUGUAUCGGCUGUUUGAUGAAUGCAAUGAAACAGAGAAUGCGACUCUAGCUGCCAAAUGCGCUUUAAAUUACGCCUUGCGGACAAAUUCUAACUUCCGCCUACUUUGCGUUUGUUACGGCAAUAUGAUCGCAACAUAUCGACAAAAACAAAAAUUUUCGAUGUGCGUGAAACUGGAGAAACGCGCGAUGGAUUUGUGUCACCGCAAGCGAGGCCAAUUGGACGUCACAGAAGUGCAUGCCGUCUGCUACCUAUACACCAGCAUAUUCUUGUUUUACGUAGAAUAUGGUAAAAAGAUGGAGAGCCUUGAAUUUGGGCUGUCAGUGAUGCACAUGAUGUCCGGUCUAACGGAUCUGAAUACGCGACAAAUGUUGGUGCUAUGGAUGUUGAAGCUCCUGCUCUCAGAUCUGAGAAUACACGACAUGGUCGCCAUAAUGAGAGAGUUCUUUUACAUGACCGAUCAUUAUGACUUGAGCUCUGAGACUUGGUACUAUUUCUACGCAAUGAUGAUAAUGCUAGACACAGGCUAUUGCGUGGAGUCUUACGGCACGUGCGAAAAGUUUUAUAUAAAAAGAGGUGAUGCUAUAUUGAGGUCUAAAACCCCAGAAGCCGCUUGGAAUUUCUUCGUAUGCAUGUGGUUAAUAACCAUUAGGAUCGGAGCAUGGGAGAGAUCGAUAUUGUGGGAAGAAAAAAUAAAGCAAAUAAUGUCGAUGAAAUUCGAACAACACGAGUUCAACAUAAUGAUGUUGGUGAGGUUAGUGGAAGGGUUGCUGAUAACUUUAGUGAAUGAGAUGGAUAACAGAAAUAUAAAGAAGAUAAUAAUCUUGGAAAAGGCGGUGAAGGCAAUGUUUAUAGAUUUGUGCAGAGCGUGCAAGCGUGCUCCUAUGUAUAAACCAAGAUAUCAGCUAUUGUUCGCCUAUCACCAUUACAUAGGAGGGCGGAAGCUACGAGCGUAUAGUUAUUUGAACAAGGCUCGGGAAACGGCGAAACAGUGCUCGCACGGCACUCUCAUGAUUUGGGCGGAACAUACGAGAAAUCACUGGAAAGGAACCCUGAGUCCCAAAUAUAUAGAUUAUUGGGCGAAUCACGUUGAGCCCGAUAAUUUGCUGGAUUAUAGAGAUUUUCAUCCAGGUAAAAGCAAAAUUGUGCCCUACACCUUACCUCUGCCAAGGGAUUUGGAAAAAUGAACCAAUUUAAUAAUUAUUAUGUGUUUCUUCUCUGUUAGAUGCUAUGAGUUACAUUUUAAGGUAUUUACACUAUGAAGUUGAAUGCAAUAAAUACCUUUCUAAUA